UAAUUUUUUUUUCUUCCAUCACUUUUGGAUUUAUUGUAUUGUUUUUAAAAAAUCUCGGUUUUCAGGGGGGUCAGCAUGAAAACUAAAACUUAAGUCCAGGUUGCUUAAAAUUUUAAGUCCUGCUUACUUACGUUAAGUUUGUUUGUUUGUUUUCGGGCUGGUUGGUUGGUAGCGCGCCUUGGUGUCUUUACGGCUUUAGGGAGAGGUUCACUGGAGGUUUCUGCGGGGAGAAGAAGGGAGUCAGACAGGCGACAAGCAGUACUGUCUUGGCCCCGGGGCAGAGGCUAGUAGUGCGAGGGAUAGCCAAUGAGAGGGAGACAUCCACUCCUUCUCUUCUGGCCGGCGCGCCCUGUAAUUAGGAGCUCCACUUGUGGGCUGGGCGCCGCCACCGUGGACAACUUGAGAACGCCAGCUCCACACUCUUGUGUCUCUUGACUUUUUGCGUUACUGAACACUUGGUAGGAGGUCAAUGUCCUCAAAUAUGAACGGACUGCCAUCACCUGCGUUCGAGGAGAAGAAACCGAGCCUCCGCGCAUCCCCGGGUCAGGCGGAGACUUCACCCGCGGACAUGGGCUUCUACGGCGCUCCCCACAGCUCGCAGGAUUUUUACGCGGCGCAGCAAACUUAUUCGACUCAACACAUGAGCCCUUACGCGUACACUCACUACAACUUGAACGGUAUGGUCCCAGGUGGUGCCUUCCCAUGUGGAAAAACUGAGCACACGUACCCGUACUCCGCGUACAGAGAGCCUGGCUUCAGCAGAGAGACGCAGUCAAGUGUCCCAGACAGUGUGAAAGAAGAACCCGAGAUUGAGGUUCGGAUGGUAAACGGGAAACCCAAGAAAAUUCGGAAGCCCCGGACAAUUUACUCCAGCUACCAGCUAGCCGUCCUGCAGAGGAGAUUCCAGUCCGCCCAGUACUUGGCCCUACCGGAGAGGGCAGAGUUGGCUGCACAGUUGGGCUUGACACAGACGCAGGUUAAGAUUUGGUUCCAAAACCGUCGCUCCAAAUUCAAGAAACUCUACAAGAACGGAGAGUUUCCACUUGGGGACAUUGCACUGGAGCAUAGCCCAGAGGCGAGCGAUUCAAUGGCUUGCAACUCGCCUUCAUCUCCAGCUGCAUGGGAAAACAACAACAAUAACAGCAGCAGUAGCAGCAGCAACAACACCCCUGCUACCAUCAGCAGCAGCGAUACAAACAGUAGCAACAGCCUCAAGAAUAAUACAAUGCUGGACCCUACCAGCAGGGGGCAAGAAUCAUAUCAGCCCACGGUGGACAACUCCUCCGUCUACAUGGAUGAGUAUGGGCACCAGAAUUGGUACCAGCAGCAGGACGCGCAUUUAGGUUUGCAGGCUGCCGGCAAUCCCCAUCACCCGCCGUCAUCUGCACCGACGGCUCCUAUUGGAGCGGUUUACUGAAACACAGACAUUAAAAGAACCCAUUCAUAUUCAACAAAAAGGCAGGCUUGGGGGUCGUCCAGAAAUCCCCAAAGUGUCUAACUCAUUAUUGUCAAAGUGUCUAACUCAUUUUUGUCACGGGCCGCGUUCUAGUUAUUUAUGCCAUUAUUAACUUAUUGCCCACUAUUGAUGGUGAUACAACAAACCAGAUAUAUUCUAAAAAUGCACUGCGUUUACAGUGACCAUAUGCAUAGUAACUUUUUGGCAACACCACAAAUAAGGAAAAAGAACAACAACCUUCCUUCUGCUGUAACUGCUUUAAAACUAUUUUAUAAUUAACUCAUUGGCUGCAUUGACGGCCAUAGACGUCCAAUCCAUUUUUAUUGGAAGGGGCCAGUUUACAAAUGAACAAACAUCACUGAAAUAUGGUCAUUCAGUUCAAACGGAUUUGACAUCUAUAUGCAGGGGCGCUGCCAGGAAUUUUGGUCUCCAUGAAUAGAUAUCACUUUGGGCCCCACCACCAGUGACACACACACACAUUUAGAGUAUCAACUAUGUAAUUUCCUGCAUUCUGGUGAAUCUUUACACACUAAUUUGUGCAUUUUCUGCAUUAAUUUAAGAUGAAAAUAUAUUUAUGUAAACAUACAGCGUAUAGAGCAGUAAUGAAUAGACUGGUAUCAUCUAUAAGAAAUGUACUGAAGGCCAUCUUUUUCAAUCUAAAUAUAUUUUUAUAGAAAUAUUCUCAAAGCAAAUACCAUAAUG